UAAAUAUAAAAGAAAAAUUAAUUAAUUUGGAGUAGAAUAUUUUAUCUGUAUUUUGAUUAUAUUUGAAAAAUUAAACAUAUUUGAAUUUUCCAGAAUAUUUCUGUGGUGACGCUAGUUAGUAGCUCAGUUCUUACAAACCCGAUGAUACGCAUAGGCAGGACUGAACGUUUAUUUUCUGAAAUUUAAGCUACUAAAGUUUAAUGUUAAAAGAGAAAGUUUAAAGUUUAAUAUUAAAUUUGUAGAAAUAUGUUUUCAGCCAGUUAAAUUUAUGUUUACAUCAAGCAAUUGCGUUAAUUCAAGAUGUCAAAUGAAAUAGAAACAAGUUUAUUAAUAAUUGUAUUAGACGUAAACCCUGUGCAAAGAAUUAUAAAACAGGAAACAAGGAUAUUGACUCAAUGCUUGGAUUCUACCAUUGUUUUUGCGAAUGCUCAUUUAAUGCAAUCGUCUAAUAAUCAACUUGCUGUGAUAGCAUGUCAUAGCCAUGGAGCAAAAUUCUUAUAUCCAUGUGAAAAACCACUAGAAAUUAGACAAAUUGACGGACAAUACGAAAAGUUUACCAUGAUUGAACGUACCGUAAGGCAACAAUUGCAGCAAGUUAUCAAUGAAAUUUCCAUGGACAAACCAUUAAAUGGUGAAAGUCUUAUAUCUGGAGCAUUGACUAUGGCAUUGUGUUAUGUUGCAAGGUUAGAAAGGGAGAAAGUUGCUAGUGAAAAAAUAUAUUCAAGAAUCCUUGUGAUCACAGCUAGUAACGAUUCAGCAACACAAUAUAUGAAUUACAUGAACAUAUUCUUCACUGCUCAAAAAAUGGGAAUAAUAUUGGAUGUAUGCAGUUUAGAUCAAGAAUUGACUUUACUUCAACAAGGCUGUGAUAUUACUGGUGGAAAUUAUCUAAAAGUGCCCCAACUUAAUGGAUUAUUACAGUAUUUAUUGUGGAUAUUUUUACCAGACCCAAAUGUUAGAUCAAAGUUAGUACUUCCACCACCUGUGAAAGUAGAUUAUAGAGCAGCAUGCUUUUGUCACCAAGAAUUAAUUGAUAUUGGCUAUGUAUGCUCCAUAUGUUUAUCAAUAUUUUGUAAAUUUAGUCCAAUAUGCACAACCUGCCACACAGUAUUCAAAAUACCAGGACCUAUUCCUAUGAAAAUGAAAAAAAAGAAAAAGAAUGUAGAUAUAGUACAUUAAUUGUAUUUAGCGAUAUUAAUUUUUUACUAAAAUAUAUCUAUUUUUUCAUUAUAAAAA